GUGAAGGAAAAAAGGUUCAAGCGAGACUGUGAGGAAGAUGGCUUCGGCUACUGUUGAUUUUAGGAUCGGACGGAUUCUUAGUGUCCUGGAAAACGAGACCUUGUUAUUGUCAGGAGUCCAUGGUGAGAUUGAUAAAAUGAAGGAGUUGCUGAUCAUGAAGUCUUUUCUUGAGGACACCCAUAAACAUGGUGGAAAUGGAUCCAUAACGACAACAACUCAACUCUUCCAAACUUUUGUGGCAAACACGAGAGAUUUGGCUUACCAAAUCGAAGACAUUCUUGACGAGUUUGGCUAUCACAUCCACGGUUAUCGUAGCUGCGCCAAACUUUGGCGUGCGUUUCAUUUCCCGAGGUAUAUGUGGGCGAGGCACUCAAUAGCUCAGAAGCUAGGAGUGGUGAAUGUCAUGAUUCAAUCCAUUUCUGAUUCCAUGAAAAGGUACUAUCAUUCAGAAAACUAUCAAGCAGCAUUAUUAUCGCCUAGUGAUGAUGGGGAUGCAAAGUGGGUGAACAACAUCAGUGAGUCAUCUCUUUUCUUUAGUGAAAAUAGUCUUGUAGGGAUUGAUGCACCCAAGGGAAAGCUCAUCGGACGGCUUCUAAGUCCGGAACCUCAGCGGAUUGUUGUCGCGGUGGUUGGGAUGGGCGGUUCAGGGAAGACUACACUCUCAGCGAAUAUCUUCAAGUCCCAGAGCGUGCGGAGGCAUUUUGAGUGUUACGCUUGGGUUACAAUCUCGAAAUCUUAUGUGAUCGAAGAUGUGUUUAGGACCAUGAUCAAGGAAUUCUACAAAGAAGCGGAAACACAGAUUCCAGCUGAAUUAUACUCCUUAGGCUACAGAGAGUUGGUGGAAAAACUUGUGGAGUAUUUGCAGUCAAAGAGGUACAUUGUUGUGCUUGAUGAUGUAUGGACCACUGGUCUAUGGAGGGAGAUAAGUAUCGCUCUACCAGAUGGUAUUUACGGAAGUCGUGUUAUGAUAACCACUCGAUACAUGAACGUGGCUUCUUUCCCAUAUGGAAUCGGGAGCGGAAAGCACGAGAUUGAGCUCUUAAAAGAAGACGAAGCUUGGGUGCUUUUCUCCAACAAAGCUUUUCCGGGAAGUCUUGAGCAAUGCAGAAUGCAGAAUUUGGAGCCGAUAGCACGGAAAUUACUCGAGAGAUGUCAGGGUUUGCCAUUAGCUAUUGCUUCUUUGGGGAGCAUGAUGUCAACCAAGAAGUUUGAAUCAGAAUGGAAGAAAGUCUACAGUACUUUGAAUUGGGAAUUGAACAACAAUCUUGAACUCAAGAUUGUUCGAAGCAUUUUGUUGCUUAGUUUCAACGAUUUGCCAUACCCGCUUAAACGUUGUUUCUUAUAUUGUUCUCUUUUCCCUGUCAACUAUCGGAUGAAAAGAAAGAGGCUCGUUAGGAUGUGGAUGGCACAAAGGUUUGUGGAACCGAUCAGAGGAGUGAAAGCAGAAGAAGUGGCUGAUAGUUACCUCAAUGAACUUGUUUACAGAAAUAUGCUUCAAGUUAUCUUGUGGAAUCCUUUUGGACGACCCAAGGCGUUCAAGAUGCAUGACGUGAUAUGGGAGAUUGCUCUAUCUGUAUCCAAACUUGAGAGGUUUUGUGAUGUAUAUAAUGAUGACAGUGAUGGUGAUGAUGCUGCAGAGACAAUCGAGAAUUAUGGUAGUCGCCAUUUAUGCAUUCAGAAAGAGAUGACACCAGAUAGUAUACGUGCAACAAACCUUCACUCUCUUUUGGUUUGCUCUUCUGCUAAACACAAGAUGGACUUAAUUCCAAGUCUGAAACUUCUGAGAGCCUUAGACCUUGAAGAUUCUGACAUCAGCAAGUUACCAGAUUGUUUAGUAACUAUGUUCAACCUAAAGUACUUGAAUUUGUCGAAGACACAGGUAAAAGAACUGCCAAAAGACUUCCAUAAACUCAUCAAUUUGGAGACAUUGAACACAAAGCACUCCAAGAUUGAGGAACUUCCUCUAGGGAUGUGGAAGUUGCAGAAGUUGCGUUAUCUCAUUACUUUUCGCCGCAAUGAUGGGCAUGAUUCCAAUUGGAACUAUGUUUUAGGUACAAGGGUUGUUCCUAAAAUCUGGCAGUUGAAGGAUUUGCAAGUCAUGGACUGCUUCAACGCAGAAGCUGAGCUUAUCAAAAACCUUGGGAAUAUGACUCAACUCACAAGAAUAAGUCUUGUCAUGGUUAGGAGAGAACAUGGAAGAGACUUAUGCGAUUCACUGAAUAAGAUUAGAAGACUUCGAUUCUUAUCUUUAACGUCGAUUCAUGAAGAAGAACCGUUAGAGAUAGAUGACCUAAUAGCAACUGCAAGCAUUGAGAAGCUCUUUCUUGCUGGGAAACUGGAGAGGGUACCAAUUUGGUUCAACACUCUUCAAAACCGUACCUAUUUGGGUUUGCGUGGAUCUCAGUUGCAAGAAAACGCCAUUCUCUCUAUCCAAACGCUUCCUAGAUUGGUAUGGCUUUCGUUUUACAAUGCAUACAUGGGGCCUAGGUUGUGUUUUGCACAAGGAUUUCAGAAUCUGAAGAUUCUAGAGAUAGUUCAGAUGAAACAUCUGACAGAAGUUGUUAUAGAAGAUGGUGCAAUGUUUGAGCUUCAGAAGCUUUAUAUCAGGGCUUGUAGAGGGUUAGAGUCGGUACCGAAAGGAAUUGAGAAUCUUAUAAAUCUUCAAGAACUGCAUUUGAUUCAUGUUUCUAAUCAGUUGGUGGAGGGGAUUAGCGGAGAUGGAAGUGUAGACCGGUCAAGGGUUAAACACAUUCCUGCGAUUAAGCAUUAUUUCAGAACUGAUAAUGGCUCUUUCUAUGUGAGCCUCUCAUCUUGAGUGGCCAAGGCAAGCUUCAUCAUACAAGAUACUGCACAUUGCACGGUGAAAAUCAGCAAUCCUAUAUACUAAAGGUCAUGAGUUUAC